AUGCUUUAUACCAUUAUAAAGACCAUGAUGUUAGCAAGAUGUGAGGACCUAGGAUCCAGUGAGGGCAUCAGUAGGAAGCAUAUGUGGAGGAAUAUCAGUAACAGCAAUAGUUAUCCAUCAGGCACCAAGAUCCACCAAUGCCUCUACUGUUCCUACACCAGUACCUUGAAGUGCAAUAUGCUUCGCCAUGAGAGGACUCACACUGGAGAGAAACCCUUCCCUUGUCCACACUGUAAUUUUCGUUGUUCACAGAACUCAGAUCUGAAGAAGCACAUUCGAAUUCAUACAGGAGAGAAGCCCUUUGCAUGUUCACUCUGUCCGUAUAGGUCGUCCCAAUUAAAUAUUGCCAAUGAACUGAAAUUUCAUAGAUAUCUCAAGAAUACCAAGCAAUGGAACUUGCACAUCUUCACCAAACCAAAUUUUGGAAUGACACCAGUUCAGAUGAAACAUGUCCAUGUUGCUUGUAUCACCAAUUAUGUUUUGUGUAACAAGCUCAAGUCAUCCAACUUCUUUUUCAUAUAA